AUGGCUGAUUUAUUGCUACCGGUGGAACAACGACAUGCAGUAUUAAUGGAGGAAAAGAAUGAAAGUAUUGGUAGUAACGUACAAAGUGGUGAAAGCAUUAAUGUAGAAAAAGAAAUUGAUUCGACACGAAGUAAUGAUAAGACGAUAAACUUAGGACACAGUGAAUCUCCUGCAUCCACUUCUGGAGUAUUACGAAAAUUGGAUGAUUCAGGAGUAACUUUGACAGAUCUGUUGAAUGAACCAGGCAGAAAUAAUGAUACCACACCGAAUGUGCUUAAAUCAUUUCUGAAUGCAACCGGAAGGUCGUCAAUAAUGAAGAAGACGCAAUUCGGAAAUUCAACAAGAUCAUCACGCAACGUUUCUUUCUUGAGUCCAGUAGCUGACCAUCAAAACUCCAAGACAGCUGACCAUCAGAACUCCAAGACACCUGUAGAGUAGAAAAUGAAACGAAAUCGACUAACAG